AUGAAUUUGCCUGCCCUGUGCGCCUAUGUCGUCAAAUGUUUUCCGUCGCCCAACCUUUUGCGUGGUGGGGUGUCGCAUUGGCCUCCGUACUUCUGUCUCGAGCGAGCGACAAGUCGAGGAAUCAUGCUCGGCGUGAGCGCACGACAUGCUGCGAGGCCACCGCGAGCGUCAUCAUCCCGCUUGCGAGCCGUCUGUGGCGUUGCCAGCUCGGCAGGUCCACUCUCGUCUACGACGGCUCUUUGCAGUCAACGAGGCCUGUCGUGCAGCUCUGCACAUGCUCGACCAGCUCCGAGCUCGGUAUGGCGCUCUAGUACGCAAUCUCGACUGAAGGGGCCGUCACCAUCAGCUCGCACGCUACACACGACAAGCAGAUGCGACGCCCUGAGCAAGUUCACCAUGCCGGCUAUGUCGCCCACUAUGACGGAAGGCGGCAUCGCCUCCUGGAAGAAGAAGGAAGGCGAAUCGUUUGCGCCUGGCGACGUUCUGCUAGAGAUUGAGACUGACAAGGCUACCAUGGAUGUCGAGGCACAGGACGAAGGCGUCGUAGCCAAGAUUGUCGUCGGAGACGGUUCAAAGGCUGUCCAAGUAGGCAAGGUGAUCGCAGUCAUGGCAGAGGACGCCGACGAUAUCGAGCAAGACAAAGUCGACAAGCUCGCGUCUGAAGCCGAGAGCGAAGAACCGAAGAAAGAAGAGCCCAAGCAAGAGAGCAAAGAGGAUGAAGCCCCAAAGAAGGAAGAGGCGCCUGCCGAGCAAAAGGAGAAGCCAAAGGAUGACGCGGAGCCGGACACAAAGUCGAGCAAGAAGCAGGACAAGUCGACAGAGACAAAGCAAAAGGAGCCCUCUGUGCCGCGUUCGUCGAUCUAUGCCACCCCUGCCGCCAAACGACUCGCACUUGACAAGGGCGUACCGCUCAGCAAAGUCAAAGGUACCGGGCCGAAUUCGAUCAUCGUCGUGAGCGAUGUCGAGGGCUACAAGUCUGACGGGCCCGUCGCUUCAUCUGGUCCCUCGCCAGCAGUACCGACACAACAGAUUGGUGCCAAAGCAGACGCAGGUGCCUUGCCAGCUUACACCGAUACACCCGUAUCUGGCAUGCGCAGAACGAUUGCGAACCGCCUGACAGAGUCAAAGCGAGAUACGCCGCAUUAUUAUCUCACCGCAGAGAUCAACGCAGAUCGCUUGCUCAAGCUGCGCGAAGUCUUCAACAAGGCCUCGCAAUCUGCUAGCGAGAAGAGCCCCUCUGACGGCGUCAAAGCCGGCACGAAGCUAUCUGUCAACGAUUUCGUCCUCAAGGCGGCUUCGAUUGCGCUCCAAGACGUUCCGGAGGCCAAUGCAGGCUGGCAUGGCGACUUCGUGCGACAGUAUCACAAGGCUGACAUUUCCAUGGCUGUCGCAACACCGACGGGACUCAUCACCCCCAUUGUAAAAGACGUGGGCAGCAAAGGAUUAGCAAGUAUCUCAGCAGAAGCAAAAGCACUUGCAGCCCGGGCGAGAGAUGGCAAGCUCCAGUCUCAUGAAUACCAAGGCGGAUCCUUUACAGUCUCAAAUUUGGGCAUGCUCGGCAUCUCUCACUUCACAGCCAUCAUCAACCCGCCACAGUCGUGCAUCCUUGCCAUCGGCGCGACCGAGCAGAAGCUUGUCCUUGAUCCCUCGAGCGAAAAAGGCUUCAAGGCGAUAAACGUGAUCAAGGUCACGUUGAGCUGUGAUCAUCGUGUCGUAGACGGUGCCGUUGGUGCCCGAUGGAUGAAAGCUUUCUCGACUGCGCUCGAGAACCCGCUAACGUUCAUGCUGUAAACCCUUCUUGUAUCGACAAUGUGAUU